CGAAAUUACGAAUCAGUUCCGCUCCUCGCGCCGCGUUUACCGCACGUCGCUCGCGCUCCCGACCGAAAUACCGACGUCAACUGUUUGUAACCACCGCUCAGCUGAUCAGUGACUUAAGUUCGACAUUUUUACACGGUAUUCGGGCUAUACCGAGCGAAUUGUCCGUGUGUGAUACGAGUUGGAGGUGUUCUCGACCGAGUGUAUAAAUAUACGCGUCCGAACGGUCGCGAGUGUGACUGAUCGAUACGUUUAAAUGAUAACAUGGAUUCAAUUAGGUGUUUAAGACGGUGAAGUUGCGUGCCCUCAGCGUCCCGACUGCACGUCACCUCGCUGGAGUGAAGCGAUGCGGUAAAACCACAAUGUGGGCCCUGGUGGUGCUGGCGGCGGUGGGGGCGGUGGCGGGGGCGCUGCAGCCGCGCUGCGAGGAGAUCACCAUACCCAUGUGCCGCGGCAUCGGCUACAACCUCACCUCAUACCCCAACGUCAUCGACCACGACACGCAGGAGGAGGCAGGACUUGAGGUGCACCAGUACUGGCCGCUGGUCGAGAUCAAGUGCUCGCCGGACCUGAAGUUCUUCCUGUGCUCGGUGUACACGCCCAUCUGCAUCGAGGACUACGCCAAGCCGCUGCCCGCGUGCCGCAGCGUGUGCGAGCGCGCGCGCGCCGGCUGCGCCCCGCUCAUGCAGAAGUACGGGUUCCAGUGGCCGGAGCGCAUGGCGUGCGAGCGACUGCCACGCGUCGGCGACCCCGACCAGCUAUGCAUGGAGGAGACCGACCGGCCGGAGCCCGAGCCGCCGCGCCCACCCCCGCGCCGCCCCCCGCCCCGCCCCUGCAAGGACCCAAAAAACUGCGAGACCGGCCCCGCUGCCGCCGCCGAGGACGAGUGCGCGUGCGCGUGCCGGGCGCCGCUGGUGCCCGUGCGCGCGCCCAACGCCAGCGUGGCCGGCCUACCCGACUGCGCGCUGCCAUGCCGCGGCCCCUUCUUCACGGCCGAGGAGAAGGAGUUCGCGGCGGUGUGGGUGGCGCUGUGGGCCGGCCUGUGCGCCGCCAGCACGCUCGCCACGCUCACCACCUUCCUCAUCGACUCGCAGCGGUUCAAGUACCCCGAGCGGCCGAUCGUGUACCUGUCGGCGUGCUACUUCAUGGUGGCGCUGGGCUACCUGGCGCGGCUGGCGGUCGGCCACGAGGCGGUCGCGUGCGACGGCACGCUGCUGCGCACGUCGGCCGACGGCCCUAGCGCCUGCACGCUCGUCUUCGUGCUCGUCUACUUCUUCGGCAUGGCGUCGUCCAUCUGGUGGGUGGUGCUGUCGUUCGCGUGGUUCCUGGCGGCCGGCCUCAAGUGGGGCAACGAGGCGAUCGCCGGCCACGCGCAGUACUACCACCUGGCCGCGUGGCUCGUGCCCGCCGCCAAGACGGUGGCCGUGCUGCUCGCCGGCGCCGUCGACGGCGACCCGGUGGCCGGCAUCUGCUCCGUCGGCAACUCCUCCCCCGAGAACCUGCGCAAGUUCGUGCUCGCGCCGCUCGUCGUGUACUUCGCGCUCGGCGCCACGUUCCUGAUGGCCGGCUUCGUGUCGCUGUUCCGCAUCCGCUCUGUCAUCAAGCGGCAGGGCGGCGUCGGCGCCGGCUCCAAGGCGGACAAGCUCGAGAAGCUGAUGAUCCGCAUCGGCGUGUUCAGCGUGUUGUACGCGCUGCCGGCGGGCGUGGUGAUCGGCUGCCUGGCGUACGAGGCGAGCGGGCGCGAGCGCUGGCUGCGGCGCGUGGCGUGCGGCGCGGCGUGCGGCCCGCGCCCGCUCUACUCGGCGCUCAUGCUCAAAUACUUCAUGGCGCUGGCGGUGGGCAUCACGUCGGGCGUUUGGAUCUGGUCGGGCAAGACGCUGGAGUCGUGGCGGCGCGUAUGGCGCGGCCCGCGCGCGCCCCCGCCCGCGCACCGUGCGCUCGUCAAGGGGGCGGUGUGACGGGGC